UGGUGUUUCAUCACAGCAAUAGUAACCCUAAGACAAUUCUUGUGUUUCAGAGUCUUGCUCAUCCUUGAAAGUUCUGGACUCAGAAUUUGUUACAAGCUUCUAACUUUACCGUGGCUCUAUUCAGGACCUGGCUGCAGCAGCCCCUGAGGGGAGAAAUUAUUGUGACUGUAGCAUGAGACAUCAAGCAGUUGGCUCAGUACUGGAAAAAUAAAGGAUACGGCCAGAUUGGUUCUCCUGUCUGUAGCAAUGUUAGCCUCAAGGAAGAAGAAGAUGGCCAGUUCUUCACGCUCACCUGCCCUUCUAAUGUGGAAGCCAGACAAGGUUCAAAAUGGACCCUACAGCAUGGAGAAGCAAAUACUCACUUCAAGACUCUUGCGUGACACUGAAACCUGUCGACAGAAUUUUAGGAACUUUCCAUACCCAGAUGUGGCCGGUCCUCGGAAAGCGUUGAGUCGGCUCCGAGAGCUCUGCCUGAAGUGGCUGAGACCUGAGGUUCACUCCAAGGAACAAAUCGUGGAGUUGCUAGUGCUGGAGCAAUUCCUGACCAUCCUGCCUGGGGAGGUUAGGACUUGGGUAAAUUCUCAGUACCCAGAGAGCACCGAGGAGGUGGUGGCUCUGGUGGAGGAUCUGACGCAGAUCCUAGAAGAAGAAGCUCCUCAGAAUUCUGCCCUCCCCCAAGAAGCCCCAGAGGAGGACCCCAGACAUGCUUUCCAGGCAGGGUGGCUCAAUGACUUGGUGACCAAAGAAUCGAUGACAUUCCAAGACGUGGCUGUGGACAUCACUCAGGAGGACUGGGAACUUAUGCACCCUGUUCAGAAGGAACUGUAUAAGACCGUGACUUUACAAAACUAUUGGAACAUGGUCUCUCUAGGGCUGACUGUGUACAGGCCGACUGUCAUUCCCAUUUUGGAAGAGCCGUGGAUGGUGAUAAAAGAAAUUGUAGAAGGCCCUAGUCCAGAAUGGGAAACUAAAGUUCAAGCACAUAAUCCAUUAAAUGAACUUCCUAAACUCAAACAGAGUGGAACCCAGACCGUCAAAAUGGAAGAAUUUGAUGACUAUGAUGACAGCUUUGAGAGUCAGCCAGUGUAUGACUUCAGGAAGAUUCAUGUGGAUCACAGAGACUUCAGUUUGAAGUCAGAGCUUUCACAAGAAGACCCUACAGAAGAAUAUCUUAGUAAAUACGAUAUAUAUAGAAAUAACUUUGAAAAGCACACAAACCUAAUUUUACCGUUUGACACCCAAUCAGAUAAUAAAACUUCUCUGUAUAAUGAAAGCAAGCCAACGUUCAGUCAUGUCUCAUCUGGUGGUGUUGUACACGGGAAAAUACUUCCUGGAGAUAAGCCUUAUUCAUGUAAUCGCUGUGGAAAAAAAUUUAGGAAAUACCCAUCACUCCUGGCACACCGAAAUAACCAUGCCAAAGAGAAGCCGUAUGAAUGUGAAGAGUGUGGCAAAGAAUUUAAGCAUGUCUCAUCCCUCAUCGCACAUCAGAGAAUGCACACUGGAGAAAAACCAUACGAAUGCCACCAGUGUGGUAAAGCCUUCAGCCAGCGCGCACACCUCACUAUACAUCAGAGGAUUCAUACUGGAGAAAAACCCUACAAGUGUGAUGAUUGUGGAAAAGACUUCAGUCAGCGUGCCCAUCUUACCAUACAUCAAAGGACACAUACGGGAGAGAAACCAUACAAAUGCUUGGAAUGCAGUAAAACCUUUAGCCAUAGCUCAUCACUGAUUAAUCAUCAAAGAGUUCAUACUGGAGAGAAGCCGUACAUAUGCAAUGAGUGUGGGAAAACUUUCAGUCAGAGUACACACCUCCUCCAACACCAGAAAAUUCAUACUGGGAAAAAACCAUAUAAGUGCAACGAGUGUUGGAAAGUGUUUAGUCAAAGCACUUACCUUAUCCGACAUCAGAGAAUCCACUCUGGGGAGAAGUGCUAUAAAUGCAGCGAGUGCGGGAAGGCCUUUGCCCACUCUUCAACUCUUGUGCAGCAUCAGACCACUCACACCGGAGAGAAAUCCUAUGUCUGUAAGGUGUGCGGCAAAGCCUUCAGCCAGAGCGCUAACCUCACUCAGCACCACAGAACACACACUGGAGAGAAACCAUAUAAAUGUAGUGUGUGUGGGAAAGCCUUCAGCCAGAGUGUGCACCUUACACAGCACCAGAGGAUUCACAACGGAGAGAAGCCCUUUAAAUGCAGCGUCUGUGGGAAAGCCUACAGACAAGGUGCAAACCUCACUCAGCAUCAAAGGAUUCACACUGGGGAGAAACCCUAUAAGUGUAACCAGUGUGGGAAAGCUUUUAUUUAUUCUUCGUCACUUAAUCAACAUCGAAGAACUCACACCGGAGAGAGGCCCUAUAAAUGCAGCCAUUGUAACAAAGACUUUAGCCAGAGAACAUGCCUUAUUCAGCACCAGAGGAUUCACACCGGGGAGAAGCCCUACGCGUGCCGCAUAUGUGGCAAAAGCUUCACACAGAGUACAAACCUCAUCCAACAUCAGCGCGUUCACACAGGUGCCAGACAUCGCAAUUAG